AUGAAAUAUAUCGUUGUCACUGGUGGAGUCGUUAGUGGCCUUGGAAAAGGUGUCACAAUCAGUAGUAUGGGACGUCUGUUGCAGGCAUGUGGACUUCGUGUGACUGCAAUCAAGAUCGAUCCCUACUUGAAUGUGGAUGCAGGAACCAUGUCACCCUUUGAGCACGGUGAGGUCUUUGUUCUGGACGAUGGAGGUGAAACAGAUCUCGAUCUCGGAAACUAUGAGCGGUUCUUGAAUAUUCAUCUGAGUCAAGACCAUAAUAUUACGACCGGAAAGAUCUACCGACAUGUCAUCCUCAAGGAACGCAGAGGCGAUUACCUUGGGAAAACAGUUCAAGUUGUUCCUCAUAUCACCAAUGAGAUUCAGGACUGGAUAGAACGGGUGGCAAAGAUUCCUACGUCUGAGGAUGGAAAGGAAGCUGACGUCUGCCUGGUAGAAGUUGGAGGAACCGUUGGAGACAUUGAAUCUAGUGUAUUCUUGGAAGCACUUCGACAAUUUCAGUUCCGUGUUGGGACUGAAAAUUUCCUUCUUUCGUUUGUCAGUUUGGUGCCUGUGAUAUCGGAAGAGCAAAAGACGAAACCCACACAACAUGGAGUCAAGGACUUGCGUUCUUUGGGUCUAUCUCCAUCCAUCAUCUUCUGCCGAUCUACUGAAGAGUUGUCGGAACCUACCAAACAGAAGAUCAGUGACUUUUGUCAUGUUCCUGCAAAUAACGUUCUAAGUGUCCACGAUGUCAAGAAUAUUUAUCAAGUUCCCCUGUUAUUGGAAACUCAGAACUUGCAUCAAUUGCUUCAGGCGCAGUUGAAAUUUGAUCUCAAAUCUCCUGAUUUGGGAAACUGGAAGACCAUGGCCAACAACAUGUCAUCCUGGACAGACACUGUUCAAAUUUGCUUGAUUGGAAAGUACACUGGUCUUCAGGAUUCUUAUCUUUCCAUUAUCAAGUCGCUUAGACACGCUGCUAUUGCCUGUGAACACAAGCUUGAUCUUCAAUGGGUGGAGGCAACAGAUCUGGAAAACAAUGUCGACGAAGCUUGGGACAAGGUCAAGAAGGCCCAGGGCAUCAUUGUGCCAGGAGGAUUUGGCAACCGCGGGUUUGAGGGGAAAAUCUUGGCUGCCCAAUAUUGUCGUGAAAACAAGAAGCCGUACUUGGGAGUAUGCUUAGGAUUUCAGGCCGUCGUUGUCGAGUAUUGCCGAAACGUGUUGAAUUUGGAAGGUGCCAACUCGACUGAGUUUGAUGAAUCCGCCAAGCAUCAAGUUGUCUUUUUCAUGCCCGAGAUUGACAAAACUACCAUGGGAGGAACCAUGCGACUUGGGUCUCGUGUCACCAAAUUCACACAUCCAACCUUUGAUGAUGGGUCUAUUAGUAUCACGAAGCAAUUGUAUGGAAACAAAGAUGUCAUUCACGAACGUCACCGUCAUCGAUAUGAGGUCAACCCCGAAUAUGUUGACCAGAUUCACGAAGGUGGACUCAAGCUGGUCGGAAGGGACGAGACUGGGGAACGUAUGGAAGUUGCCGAAUUGCCCGGCCACCCAUACUACGUUGGAGCCCAAUACCAUCCUGAAUUCAAGUCUCGCCCUCUGGCACCUAGCCCACCAUUCCACGGCCUCCUUUUGGCGGCGACUGGAAAGCUGGACGGAUAUUUGAAGAGCCUGUAA